AUGGUCAUACCUUUAUUAAUGGCAUUUGCUUCAUAUCGUAAUAUAGUGAAUUUUUAUUUUUCAAGUGCUGCUUUAUCAAGUUCAUUACUUAAUUGUUUAUACAUUUAUUAUCUAGCACAAACACUUCGUUCAAAAGUACUUUCAGAAAGCAAUUGUAGAGCAAUUUAUUAUUUACAAACAUCGUGUACUGUUGUACUUGCGUAUACAAUAACAGCCAUGCAUGCAAAUUUUGUCUUAUGUUUAUUACGAUCACCGUCAUCGUCCGAUCAACAUCAUUCGACACGUACAUGUUUACAAUCUUGUGGUCUUUGUUUACGUCGAUUUUUUCGUCGUCUAUGUUUUUGUCUUGUACUUUGUAUAUGGUCAUUAUCAUUUACAGCAACUAUACCAUUACUUUAUACAAUUGAUUCUAAUGAAAAAACUCCAAAACCUGUUUAUUGUCCAGGUACAACACAAAUAAGUUAUCUUGAAGAAUGGUUUGAUCGUAAUCGUCUUAUACAAAGUGUUUUAUUUAAUUUAAUACCUUUAUUAACGACAUUAUUUAUGUCUAUAAUUGCUUUAUUAAAAUUAUUUUAUGAUUGUCUUUUUUAUUUUUAUUUACGUUUAAAAAUGUCAAAAUGUUCACCAUGUCGAAAAAGAUCAUCUCGACAUCAUCAACAAAACCAACGUUUAUCUAUACCUAAUUCAGUAUCAAUGCUUUCAUCACUUGGUGUAAUUAGUAAUAAUAAUAUUCAAAGUGGUUUAAAUUUAGUACCAAUGACUGAAUCACCAACACCAACAAGUGAAACAACAAUAUCAUCAUCAAAUUUAGUAUUACAAUCAUGUGGACAUUGGUGUUCAUCAUCAUUUCUUAGAUUUUUACUUGUUUUAUCGUGUUGUUUAUUAGCAUGUAUUUAUCCGAUAGCAAUGCGUUUUUACCUUGUCUAUUUUUCGGUACUUAUACCAUUGAUAUUUGCUGUACUUAACUAUUCUUUAGGACAACUGGCUCCAACACAAAAGAUAACAACGAAUACAAUUCCAAUGACAAGUUUAACAGAGCAAAGAACAGAUAUUGAAAAUCAUGAUGUAACUGUACCGAUAUUUAUGAAUUUAACUGAUACAAAUAAUGAUAAAUCAAUAAAACAAAAUUCAUCAUUAAAAAAUGAACGAGUUUUUUUAAAUGAAGAAUAUGAAUUACAAUCACCAUUAAUGACUGAUUUAGUGAAUGAAAAUGAUGGUAUUGAUGAACAUGAACAAUAUCCUACUUCACCAUCAAAUUCAUCACAAUCAUCAACAAUAGCAACAACGCAUAUUCAACAUCAUCGUUUACCAUUAACAGGGAAACAAAAAUAUUUUUCGAACAAUUUAUAUGAAAAGUAUAAUCGAAAUAUGUCAAUGAGAUAG